UCCGGGUCUCUGUGGUUCCUGUUUGGCGACCCGUCGCCAUUAUUAGUAACUCGUCCUUACGAUUAUAUAUAUUUUGGUGGAAAACUGUAUAAUUGUCCGUUUUCCAGCUUUUGGAGAACGGUCAACGCCUUUUUGGGGCCAAGUGUUUCACAGAACGCGAAAAAGCUAAACUUUUCGGGGUCUGGGCCCCGCUGUGUGAGCAUUCGUUUUCUUUCUACACAGCUUUCAUUUCUGAGACGCCUACAUUGUGUCUCUAUUUUUCUCGAUUUGUUUUGUUGUCAAGAUGUCGCCGUGAUGGAGUCUCCGUGUUUGACAGAAAUGAACGAGGGCCUUCGCUGCCUGACCCGCACUCGCAACAACCCGCUAUCAGUUUAUUUUGCCCCAGUUGAUGCUAGAGAGCUCGAACGCUCUCUCCCCGGAGCUCGGCCAUUCUUCACGCAGAAAGGAGACCGCCAUGGAGAAAAAUCCAAACAGCAAUGCCAACAGCAAUAAGGUUCCGCCCCGUUCGAGUUCUACAGGCCCAACAGCUGGGGAAUCUAAACCGAAAACAGAUGGUAAGAAUAAUGGAGGCUCUAAGCGCUACAGCCGCAAGCGAGAGCCCUCCGUUCCCAAGAGUGACAUUUUCCCUGGCCCUCGUCGCACCAAUUCACAGAAAAGCAAGAAUUUUGACAAGAGACCCCCCCAGAGAGGUGGAGCUCGGCAGUGUGAUGCUACAGGUGGAGGAAGACGUGAAGAGGUAGCAGAGUGCCGCCGGGCCGAGUUCAGCCCGGCUCAGUUUGCUGGACCCAAAAAGAUCAGCCUGAACCACUUGCUCAACUUCACAUUUGAGCCUCGUGGGGGUCAUGUAGGUCUAGGAGGAGAAGGACACUCCUGCUGGGGCCGUCGCAACAAGUGGGGCCACAAACAGAAGCCCUUUAACAAGGAGCUUUUCCUGCAGGCCAAUUGCCAGUUUGUGGUGACUGACGACCAGGACUACAAGGCUCAUUUCACUGACCCAGACACUCUGGUAAACUGGGACUGUGUGCAGCAAGUGCGGAUCUACAGUCAUGAGGUGCCCUCCUGCCCAAUCUGCCUCUACCCUCCGGUAGCGGCCCAUAUCACCCGCUGUGGCCACAUCUUCUGCUGGCCCUGCAUGCUGCACUACCUGUCUCUCAGUGACAAGAGCUGGUCCAAGUGCCCCAUCUGUUAUGAGUCGGUGCACUCCGACGACCUCAAAAGUGUGGUUGCCAUGGAGACCAGACAGUAUGCAGUCGGUGACCUCAUCACCAUGCGCCUCAUGCGGCGGGAGAAAGGGGCUCUGGUGGCCAUGCCCAGCUCUCAGUGGGUGAAGGUGGAGGAGCCGGUUCGCUUCGGAGAUGUGUGUCUGAGCCCAUAUUCCAAGCUGCUGCUGGCCUCUCAGGAGCAGGUGUUGGGUCUGGUGGCUGAGGAGAAGGCCGCACUGCAGGCUCAGCUAACCCAAGAAGAGGAUUGCACAGCCUGCUUCAUCCAGAGCGCACUGUGCAGACUGCAGGAUCGAGAAGAGGCUCUGCUGAGGAACCAGAAGGCAAGUACUGAGGACAACCCGGAACUGUCAAGCCUCGCCCUGGCAGACCCCCCCUCCCCUGAAGAAGUGGUGACCACAUUCAGCAGUACCCUGCCGGUGCUGCUGUACUCCUCUGCAUUUGAUGAUGAGGUGGUAGAGGUUUCAAACCAAGACCCAGACGAGGACCACAAGACAGCAGAGUUCCCUGAAAGACUCCUGGAGAGGGUGCUGGAGGAGUUGCCUGAUGUCUCUGUGGAUGCCGUUCCGGAGCCCUGUCCUGCUGAACAGAACCCUCUCAGCCAGACAGAAAGUGUCCGCGCUCCAGCUUCAGAGCACGGACCCUACUACUACUUCUACCAAGCUGAGGACUGCCAGCAGAUGUUUCUGCACCCGGUGAACGUACGCUGUCUGCUGCGUGAGUAUGGCAGCCUGGAGGCCAGCCCCCACACCAUUACUGCCACCGUGGUGGAAAUUGAGGGACAAACCAUCACUGAGGAAAUUCGGCGUAGACACCGCUACCUGGCUCACCUGCCACUCACCUGUGAGUUCAGCAUCUGUGAGCUGGCCCUGAAGCCCCCCACGCUCUCCAAAGAGACGCUGGACAGCUUUGCAGAUGACUUGGAGAAAAGAAAGCGUCUUAGGCAGAAGAAAGCGAGGGAUGAGAAGCGCAGGGAGAGACGUAUUGAGAUGGAGGAGAACAAGAAGCAGGGAAGAUAUCCAGAGGUGCAUAUUGGGUUGGAGAAUCUGCAACAGUUCCCUGCGUUUUUCCCGCCGUCUCACCGUGGCAGUCCACCGGUGCACCCAGAAUUCCUGUUGGCACCUCCGUCACCCCUCAGCUGCAGCCCUUCCUCCGACGGGAUAAUGUUCCCCAGUCUGAGUGGACACAGCCCUCCACCCAGUGUGGGUAGUGUGGAGGAUGACUCCCACUGCAUGUCCUUCGCUCAGAUGCUGAGAGAUGGCAAAGCCAGGGCUGAUGCAGGGCAAAGGAUCUCCUCAAAUAAAGACAUGCUGUUGGCCCCUCCAGUGGCAGACAGUGAUGGAGAGAGUGACGGGUCAGACCGAAUCCCAGUGCCCAGCUUCCAGAACUCUUUCAGCCAGGCCUUUGAGGAGGCACUUCUGCAGCUGGACCACGGUCCCACUGCUCCACCACAGCCGGUGAUCAUCCCCGAGGAAAAGGGGGGGAAAAAGAAGAAGAAACAGAAGCAGAAGCUCCUGUUCAGCACCUCCAUGGUUCACACAAAGUAAAUGACACUGAAGUUGAAACUUGUCCCUUUACCCUCCCAGGUUUUCAUUUAAUCCAUCUCCUGCUGACACUUAUUUUUCCAUGCAGCUCAAUUUUAGAAUUAUAAGCAGUGGAGGAAAGGUUUAGUAUGUAGCUAAAGUAGUGUCCACCACAGUCCUGCUCACUCUCAUCAGCGAUCCAUUAUGCAAUAGGUAUUUUACACCUUUAAUACUGGCACAAAGAUUUGUUCCCAACUUCCUGACAGAUUGGAAAUUGUAUGUAGAAGAUGCAGUAUGGAAUAUAAAACCAUUUAAAUUUGUAACAGAAACAACCUGGGUUUAGGCUGUUCAGAUGAACAUCAUUAGGAUCUAGUUGAUAGGAAUGGAAUAGGUUUAAAGGGUGCAUUCUUUUUGGAGUAGCAGUCAGCCAGCUGCAGGGACGUUGCCCUCUGAACACAUUUUCAAUCUCAACUCCAAUACACUGUCAAGUUGGUCUUCAAACAAAUGUCUGCUUAACUAGCAAAACAUAAAAUCCAAUGGAGGUUUUAUACUCUAUUUGAGCUUAGUGCUGAGAUGGCUUAAACAUAACAAAACCUAGAUAGACAUUUUACCACUGAUGUGAUUUUCAUCCUUCUGACUCUGAUCUAUGUUUAGAGUGACUGAUUGAAGACUGUGCCAGAGAUUCAUCAGCUAACCUGGUUUUGCUGAUACAGUCCUUUCAUCUUGAUUUGUGGAAACGAGGGUCUGCUUAAGUCAUUGUCCAUUCGCAGGCCAUGCU